GAUAAACAAGUACAACAAAGGCUGCUAGAAGAGGAAGAUUUGACUUUGGCGAAGGUAGAAAAAAUAAUCGUGAAUCGUGAAUGCGCAGGUGCGCGAACAAGAAUGAUGAAUAGCAAUAAUCUUACGGUGGUAGCAAAGGUAGAUGAUAAUAGAAGAGAGAUCUAUUCAGCGCGACAUCCCAGAAGUAAGGAACACUGGAAUAAAAGCUAUCAUAGGCGCAAUAGAAGUAGAAGUAGAAGUAGCAGUAGAUCUUCUCCGACGCCUAGGAAGCCAUAUUUUUGCAGUUUUUGCAGUAAAAAAGGGCAUACUAAAAAGUACUGCUAUGAAUUGAAAAAGAAAAAGAAGCUUCAUGUAAAAUUUGUUGAUACUCCACAACCUCCAGCUACGAGUAACACUGACUAUUUCAAACGUCUCAAACAAGAUCUUAACAGAAGUGAUUCCGAGUCAGAAGAGGGUUGCAUGAAAAUCUUCUCAGUUAAGUGGUUAAAUGAGCCAUGUUUUUUGCACCCGAUAGUUGAACGUGCAAGUUUAAAGAUGGAAGUCGAUUGUGGUUCGGGUGUAAGCGUGAUAGAUGAGCAGGAUUACAGAGACAAGUUCGAUUAUUUGUCCUUGGAACCAUACAACAACAGACUAAUAGUAGUAGAUGGCGCCAAUUUGGAAGUGUUGGGAUGUGUGAGAGUUUCUGUAACGGUGAACGGAAUGCGUGAGCGAGGUCUAGAGCUGGUGGUCCUGAAGAAUAUUAAGCGCUCACGUAGGAUUGUCCCGCUUUUUGGAAGGAAAUGGCUAGAUGUGUUUUUCCCGGCAUGGCGUAGAACAUUUUCAAGCGAGUUGGUUGGUCAUGUUUCGGAUAGAACAAUCGAAACCACGGUGGACGAAGUGAAGCAUUUCGCUGGGCGGCCGUCUACUUUCGGCCCAUAGACAACAGUUGCGCCUAGUUGAAGAAACCCUCCAACGAAGUACAAAUGUUUAUUUCGAUCGAAAUUCUACAGUUGACUCAGCAAGCACCACCAACCAGCAACAAAUCGAAACCGAUGAGGAGGAUUUUUACGGUUUUGCAUCAGAUUCCUUCAUUUUCGAUGCGCCCGUCCAGUCCACGCUCUCAAUACCUUCGUCUUCAAGUGAUAUCAGACCAAGUGCAACUGAGUAUCAUAGUCGGCACAAAAAUCAAGAUUUCAAAUCAUCUGUAAGACUUGGAAAGCGAAGAAAACCGCUGACACCAGAUGUUAAGCGUUCGAAGAGAAUUAGAUUAGGGAAUAAGAAAAAUGACUUCAUUUAUUACUAAUUAUUCAGCAACCAAAUCAGUUUAGGAAUAAUGUAUGAAUUCAAUCUGAAUAAUUUAAGGGGGGAGAAUUGUAGGUCGCUAGUCGUAUUCGACCAACCGAUAUAAACCCACAUUUCGAAUGAGUGGGCAUAAUGAACUUUCAAAUGAACAUUACAAUGUAAUCUGUUAUAACCACCUCCUAUAAAAGAGUAGCCAAUAAACAGCUGAUGCGUCGUUUACUCAGAACUAACCGAAGACUUAGUUAUUUGUUUUCCUCCACUGAAGAAAGUUCCUGAUAA